AUGGAGUCUCUUGAUCUCGUCGUCGUCGGCGCGGGCAUGUUCGGCCUCGCCGCCGCAAAGAACUAUCGCCAACUCAACCCGGACAAGACCCUCGCGAUUCUCGAAGCCGGAUCCAGCCUCGGCGGCGUCUGGGCCAAGGACCGGCUGUACCCGUCGCUCAAGACGAACAACAUGCUGGGCACCUACGAGUACCCGGAUUUCCCCAUGGACACGGCGACCUUUGGCGUGAAGCCCGGAGAGCACAUCCCCGGCGCCGUGGUCCAUGCCUAUCUCUCAAGUUACGCCGAGAAGUUUGAUAUUCUGGGCAGAAUCCGCUACUGCUCCAAGGUCCUCUCAGCAGAGCAUCGGGACGACGACGCCGACGGCGGCUGGACUCUGACGGUUCAGACCGGCCAGGGCGAGACCAAGCUCUUGGCGCGGAAGCUCAUCCUGGCUGCUGGCCUGACUUCAGAGCCGUUUUUGCCAGACUUUGAGGGCCAGGGGAAGUUCGGGGUGCCUCUAUUCCAUGGCAGGGAUUUUCUGAAGCAUGCCGACACGCUGGACUCGGCCAAGUCUGUAGUCGUGUUUGGUGGGACAAAGUCGGCUUGGGACGCCGCAUUUGCAUACGCCUCCAAGGGGGUCAAGGUUGACUGGGUUAUCCGAGAAAGCGGCCACGGCCCUGCCUGGCUGGCCCCGCCAUAUGUCACGCCCCUUAAAAAGUGGCUGGAGAAGCUUGUUCAUACGCGUAUGCUCACUUGGUUCAGCCCAUGUGUCUGGGGCGAUGCCGACGGCUAUACGAAAACACGGGGGUUUUACCACGGGACGGCCAUCGGCAGGGCCAUCACCAACGCCUUCUGGUCCGUCCUAGGCGGUGACGUCAUCACCCUGAACAAGUACGACGCGCACCCCGAGACGAAGAAGCUCAAGCCGUGGAGCGAAGCCAUGUUCACGGCGUCAUCGUUCUCCAUCCUCAACUACCCGACCAACAUCUUCGAUCUGGUCAGGGACGGCACAAUCCGCGUCCACAUCGCCGACGUCGUGCGCCUGUCGCCGAGGACGGUGCACCUGUCGGGGGGGUCGCAGGUCGAGACGGACGCCAUGUGCUGUGUCACGGGCUGGAAGCACGUGCCGCUCAUCAAGUUUCUGCCCGAGGGCGUCGACAGGGAGCUUGGCCUCCCGCACGUGCCCGGCGACGACGCGACGGAGCCCCUGCUCAAGGCGGAGGCAGUCGACAGGGCCGACCGAGAAAUCCUCGCCCGCUUCCCUCGGCUCAAGAGCCAGCCCGUGCAGAACAAAAAUAUGAAGCCGCUGCUCGCCACCGACGGCCUGUCGACCACGGACAAGAUCAACCCGUCCACCCCACUCACGCCCUACACGCUGUACCACUUCAUUGUUCCACCGUCGGCGCGCUUUCUGCAAGCCCGGGACGUUGCCUUCGCGGGCGUCUUGAUGAACUUCAACACGCCAGUCAUUGCGCACGCGCAGUCGGUGUGGAUCAGCGCGUAUUUCAACGACCAGCUGUCAGCGCAAGUGGUGCCGCCGGUUGUUGGAAAUUCCGCCGCUACUCCGGGGAGCGAGGACACUGGGAACAUGGUAAAGACGAUCGACGAGCUGCGCUACGAGACGGUGCUGCACGCGCGCUUCGGCAAGUGGCGGUAUCCUGCUGGCCACGGCGCUCAGUUUCCCGACUUUGUGUUCGACGCGCUGCCCUAUGUCGACCUCCUCCUACGCGAUCUCGGGUUACCCAUCUAUCGCAAGGCUGGCUGGCUGGCCGAGGCGACAGAGCCAUAUGGGCCAGAGGAUUACAAGGACCUCGUAGCUGAAUUUGCUGCAAAAACGCCGGUCAGCUAG